AUGCCGAGGGCGCGAAUGGUUCAAAUGAAUACUGGUGCUGCCCAACGCCAUGUUGUGGCACAGCGAAGGUCCCUGCAACUUCAUCCAGCUGGCGGUGGCUCAAUGCACACUGCCCCAGCCACAAGAAAUGGCUCACCCCGUCCUAUGGCUGGCUGGGAAGUCCCAUCUUUUGCCAAAGCACCACCACCAACGUCCCCGCAAGGUCUUGGUCCAGCCCCAGGCCGUGCUAUGUCUGCAGAAGGCGUCCGUCCAGGCGUUGCGAGCUUUGUCGCACGAGGAAGCCCUCAGCAAAAUCACCAUCUUGGAGUCGUGGAGGAAGAUGGCCAGGUCCUUUUGGAACGCGCCAGCACAGCAGAUCCUCCAGUCACUGGGCAGGCCUGGAAUGCAUCUCGGAGCCCGUCCGCUCAUACACGGGCCAUGCGUGGAGGAGCCAUGAUAGGCCAGCCACAGCCACAGCCUUCGCAGCCCCCUCCGCCGCCACCGCCGCCACCACAGCCGCAGCCUGUCCAACAGGGACAGCAGGCCCCAAGGAAAUCAGAUGGUGGCAAGCGCUUGAGCGCCAGCACCCCGAGCUCUCAGCCUAUGAGCACUGCAAUUUCCAGUGACAGCGAUAUGGUCAGUGGUGCUUGGGUAGAAUCGCUACUCAAGAAGUCCUUGCUGGAAGGCAUAACAACAAGGUCCAGCUCUACCAAUCCAUCACUGCCGGCGGCGCCGCAUGAUCUCCAUCAAGAGCUGCGCAUCCUCCGCCAGGAAAUCAAGAUGGAAGUAGAGGCUCGAAAGCAGAUGGGUCUUCAAAUUGAAGCAGUGGUUCAGGCAGAGAGGAAGAAGCGGGAGGAGGCUCUUCGACAACAGCAGCAGCAGAACGAGCAAGCAGAUUCACGCCUGGAAGAGCGGUGGCACACCACCGUCAAGGAAGAGUCCGCCUUGCGUCGAGCAGUUGAAAGUCACAUUGAAGCCAGACUGGUGGCAAUGCAGAGGGAGGUCCGCCUGGAAGUAGGAUCUGCAUCAACUCAAACUCAGCAAGUUCUGAGUGAAUUUGGUCACUUCAGAGACAGUAUCCGACAAGAGCUCGAUAUGCAGAAAAUGGAAAUCAGCAGUGCAAGUGCUGACCUGUCCAGGUUGGUGGACCAGUUGCGGGUGCAAACCCGGGGCGACGCGGUGGCCAUCCCUAAUGCAGAAUCUAUUACGGACACAUUGGUUCGUGCUGAAGUCCGGAGACAGCUCUCAGAGAGGUCCUCAGAGAUCAGUAGCCAGGGCAAUGUGGCUACUGCUCCAGCUUUGCAAGCAGCGACCAGCCGUUUGGAUCUGUUGGAAAAGGCCUUGGAGACGGAGUGCAGCAGCCGACAGGAGGAAAGCAGCCAGUUGCUGGCUACCUUCCAUGAGCUAAUAGCUGGCGGCCGGCGUCGCCAAGAGGAGGCAUUACAAGAGUUGGAGAAGAGAGUUCAGGCGCAGCUUGAAGCAGCAAAAGCUGAGGUGCAGCAAAUGCAGCAAGACUUGAGCGAUGAGCGUCAACAGCGGCAAAACAAACUUCAAGAAGAAGCGAAGGAACGUGAAGAAACCUGUUUGAUGAUCCUGAAGACGCUGGAGGGCAAGAUGGCCACAGAGCGUCAAGUCAUGGAAGAGAAGAUAGCGAGCAUGCAACUUUCUGCUCAAGAUACAUCACGAGAAGAAUUGGAGAAGCAGCUUCAGUCCAGUGUCGCCUCUUACGUGGAGAGGAGUUCAAAGGACCUCACCAUUGGCGGGUCCAACGGGUGGUCCAACGGGUGGUCCAACGAGCUCAUGACCACGCGUCAGGAUUUGCUGGAACUUCGUGAGGAGCUGCAGGAAGUCUCGCGCACCGCAAAAGAAAACUUGGAGCCUCGACACAGGGACUGGGAGGAACGCAGGUCAGUAGCGGUCCAUGCAUCCCAACUAGGUGCUCCAGGCACUCCAGGCGCUCCAGGUUCCCUGCGCCCUGAGGAAAUGGCGGUCAGCCGUUUGAGCAGCGCCAAUCUUGCCGUGGCAGUCGGAAAGAGUGACCGCCCAGAGGCACCAAAGGGGCUGCUCUGGGUGGGAGACGUGCAGCGCCUCAUUGAUGGCCAGACCAAACUGAGGGAAGAGCUGUGGAACGACGUUGACAGAGUCCGGAAUGAAUUGCGCAUGGAGACCGCGUCGAGAAAGGAGGAUGUACAGGGCGUGCGAUCGAGCCUUGACCGCCUGCGAGAACAAGUGGUUUUGGGACAUCCAAGUCCAAGUGGCACUGCUGGAAGCGGCAUCAUGCCUGCCACUGACGAUGUGAGGGCUGCACUAGCAGCAGAGCGCAUGGCAAGAGAACAGGGCGACGAACGCUGUCUGGAAGAAAUGCGGGAUAUGGUCAGAGAGGAGCGGCAGAAGAGAGAGAAGGAGUACAGCACCUUGGAGCUGAGAAUGCAAUCAGAAGAGCAGACCUUGUUCGUUGAGAGCGGGAAGAGAGAGGAGCGAGAUCGUGAUAUCCUGAGCCAAAUCUCGACCGUCUCCGAGGACCUGGACGCAGUGAAGCGCCAAUUGACCAACGCAUCCCAGCAACGUCAUCAGCUGGAAGAGCUACAGAAGUCGCAGGUUAUUCUAGUCCCCCAAAAGAGGCAGGGACCAUUCUUUAACUCAGCUGCAAUGCUGCCCAUGCAUGAUGAGGAUGCUAUAAAGAACCGCCUUGCUCGAUUUGCUGAUGCUCCUGCCACUCGCUCCAAUUGGCAGAUUUAA